CUCCAGGAAGCGAAAGGUGCGAGCAAGAGAGGCGGAGGACGAGAUGGUGGAUCAAAGUCAAUUCCCGAUGGAGUCAGAAGCUUUCCCCGAAGAGAUGUUAGAGCAAGCUGAAGCUCCUGAAGCUCCUUUGGAUGAUUCUAUGGCCGAGCCGAUGGUCUCUCAGCCCGACUUGUCGCAGGACCGUGAAGCGCUCUUGGCAACCAGCAACAUCUUUGACGAGUAUGAGCCUGAUGUAGAGGUGGAAGAGGGCGAAGCUGGGCAGGAGAGAGUGCAAGAGCAUCAGGAGCGAACCAAGAAGGUGAUCCUCAUGCUGCAGAAGAACUUCAAACGACGUGAAUCAGUGCAGCCACUUCAUUUCACUCAGAUGAUACGAACCCCUGAGUCUGCAGCUCCUUCCAAGCACACGGCUGCUGUCGCUUUCUUUGAGUUACUUAAUUUGCACGCGAAGGGGUUUGUUUCUCUUGACCAGAAGAAUGCUUUUGGAGACAUCGCAAUUCAAGCGGAAGACAAGCUGAUGAAGUACAAAGUGAGAUUGUGAGCAGACCCUUGACGAUUUCACUCUAGUCGUUGAUAAAUACACACUUUGUAUAUGAAGCUACUUUAAAACUC